CUAUUGCAUCUAUGCAUUUGGGGCGGCGGACCGUGGUUUCCUCCAAGACAAAACACAUCAAGAAAGUCUACAUGUUGCAUCUUGAGAGAGAAGCUUUGCUAAGUCCGUCUAACUCCGAUCUAACUUGGAAGACUGAUGGUGGCAUCAGGGAUCCCUCAGAGGAAGAAGUCAGGGAUUCAAAUCAUGGCAGUUUCACAAAGGUUGAGAUUUUCUGUUCAGACUUCAAGGGUAACCUCUCCAAACUUCAGUGCCACCUGAAGGACAUAUAUUUCCCCUACAUUCAGUGUGAUGACAUGUCUAAGACAAGGAAGACUACUACACCAAUAGAGUUCCAGGUUAAUGGUGUGGAUUUGACGGAAGUUGAAGGUGGGGAGGUUGCAAUCACCAAUUGGCACUCUUGCAAUGGCCCUGAGUUUGUUUUACAGCUUCAUUUUUCCUCUAUGCAUCAUUCUGACAGCACGAGAAGUCCAGGGUCAAGAUCAUCUCGAGAAGCAAAUGCACGUCUGAGGUUGGUGUAUCUCCCAUUCAGAGAGGGAAAGGAGAAUAUUGAGAGGGUCUUGGAGAAGUUGAAGGCUGACGGUUUUGAAACUAAAGAGGACUUCCAAAACUUUAGUCGUGUCUCUGUUCGUCGGCUGGGUCGUCUACUUCCAGAUGCUCGUUGGGAUAUGCUUCCUUUUAUGGAUUUGAGGAACAAAAAAGGGAACAGGGCUCACCAGUUGAAGAGAUGUUGUUUAAGGGUGAAAUGCUUUAUAGAGACCGACGGAGGUUUCAAGCCAACACCAUCCAAGACUGAUCUAGCUCACCACAAUCCCUUUACCUCUGCUUUGAAGAAAAUAGGCAGUAAAGUUCCUGAGAAAGAGAGUGAUGUUGUAGUUGAAAUUCGUAGAGCUGGGAAGCUGUUAACUCCGUCCCAGCUGGAAAGGGAAUAUCAAGAUUGGAUUUUUCAAAUGCAUCAGCGGUAUGAUGAAGAAGUCGAUUCUGGUGAGGAUCAGCCAGUUAUUAUCGUCUCCCCGCCAAACAAAAAGGCACUCGGCAUCUCUUCUGAUGUUGUAAGGGUUCAUCAGAAGUUGAAGCGAAAGGAAAAAUCAUGGAAUCGUGGUGAGAAAAUCAAAUUACUGAAGGGAGCAUGCGCGGGGCGCCGCCACAAUAUUUAUGCAACUAUAGAAUAUUUCCUGCUGGAUGGAUUCGAAGGGGACGCUGGGGGAGAGGCCCGAAUCAUAUGUAGGUCAAUGGAUGUCCCGAAUGACAAUGGCUGUGUCCUUUCCGUGGAUGAUGAACAUGCAAAUCUGGACCUUGGGAGUUCUUUAUCCUUACCUUUAAGCGUGAUUGACUCUGGAAAGAUUGUACCUAUUGAAAGCAUUGAAUGGGAUAGUCAGCUUCAUCAGAAACAACAGAAAUCUCCUGCUAUUGUCGAGCUGCUGAGUGUUCCACAUUGUCAGCAAUUGGAGGUUGAUGGGAAGUUUAAUUUCUUGGGAACAUUUCAUUUUCGUCUACAGACAUUACCUAUUGAUACCCCCAUUUUUGCUGGUCAAGUUCCCCCAACCCAUGUUGUGGCAGUUGUUAGGCCCACAAAUUUUAUGCCUGGCAAUGCAGACAAGUUAGACCCGAAGGGUAUUUUCAAGAGCAAUACGGAGAUGACUAUGGAAGUCAAAUUUAAGGAUGAAAGCAAAAAUUCCCAGGAUGUUAUUCUUUCAGAACGCGUGUCAUCAGGAGCUUAUAAAGGGCUUAAUGGCUUAUACUUCUUACCCCUAGGAUGCAAGUUCCCUGAUUUAUUUCACAAAGCUGGUGCUUACGUGUUUUCAUUCUCUCUUAUCCAAUCAAGCUGUAAAAAUUGUGAGGAAAGAGUGAUUGUGAAGCCUUCCACUCUUAAGCGUGUUGAACUCCGGUCACCAAUAGUGAAAAACCAGCUGCUUCCUGGUUAUGUGUUUAAGGAGUUCGUAUUGGAGAUGUUUGAUGCAUAUGGAAACCACGUGUCUAAAGGUUCAGAGGUUACUUUGUCUUUGUCAAACUUCGUCAUUGAAGAUCAUGUGGGCAUGACACGAAAGGUUGAUGCUAAUGGAAAAAUUGACCUCAGUGGUCUACUGAAGUUGAUUGCAGGUUUCGGAGAACAUGCAUCCCUAUCUGUUCUGUUUGAAGACAAAAUAGUUUUUGAGCAGAAAUUUUCGACUGUGAGGAGGAAAUUGAGAAUCGCAUCCAAGUUGCCUGAUAUCUGUAUUGCUGGCGGUCAAUUGGAAAACCUUGUUUUUGAAGUUGUUGAUCCUGAUGGAGAUGUAGAUAUGGAUAUUCAUCACAAUGAUAAAGAUGGCCAAUCUCAUAUGCUUAUAAUCAAGUCAGUGUCUAUUCAAGCGCAGGAAUUUAUCCAAUACACUUUCGAGCACGGGUGCUGCACUGUCCAUGCGAUAUCCAUUCCACCAGAUGAAAGGACCUUUUGCUUUUCAGCCGCUCACUCUCAGUAUCCAGAGCUAAACAUAACUGUUGAGGUCCCUAUUGCAAACGCUCCAAAAGUGGAGCAUGAUGAUAGCCAAUUUCCAUAUUUAGAUAAGAGGAUGAUGCAACUGCAGGACUUGUCAUCAUUUAAUCAAGAUAAGAACUUAGUGAUCUCCUUUGUAAAUGAGGAUGAGGAACUUCAAGACAUCCUCAAGAUUGGUCAAGAUAUUGGACAAAUUGAAACGACGCUUCUUGAUCUUAAUAAUCUCAAGGCUAAAACAGAGCAAGAGGUGUUGGAGUUGCAAGAAAAGGUUGGUCCUCGUCAAUUGAGUAAUAUAAAUUGUCUAUUCACCAAAGAUGAACUGAAGGAAAGAAUACAAUGCAUGGAAAACUCAGCAGCUGCUGUUAUCUGCAGUCUCUUGCCGAACCAAAUGCCACAGAAGUCUAUCAUGAACGAUAUAAUAAACCUGGUUGCACUUCUUGGUACUGUUCAGAGCCCUGAGCUUAGCAGAAUAUUAGCAGAGUAUCUUGGAGAAGAUAAGAUGCUGUCUGUCGUUUGUAGAACCUUUGAUGCUGCAAGUGCUCUUGAGAGGUAUACACAAAGUGGAGAAGUUGAUUCUACACUUGCUUUACAUGCUGAAGCAGCCACACUUGGAAAAGUUAUAUGUAGGCGUUUCCUUGUUUUGUGCCUUGAAGAUAUAAGGCCUUACAAUGGGCGUUGCCAAGGACAUGACCCUCAGAGGAAGCUGACCUUGCCAUAUCCUACUUUGCCAAAUGGCAGUAUGCCGGCAGGUUUUUUGGGUUAUGCUGUUAAUAUGAUUGAGCUGGAUGAUCAUCAUUUGCAAACAAGGACUUCUACGGGACAUGGUCUCCGGGAGACUGUGCUUUUCAGUCUAUUCAGGAAGCUCCAAGUUUAUGAAACAAGGGAGCAUAUGAUGGCUGCUCGUGCCUGUAUAGAGGAUGGAGCUGUUUCACUAGAUGGCGGCAUUGUAAGAGAACGUGGACUAAUCUCUCUUGGUUACGGGAAUCCUUCAAUAUGCUUUCCUCUUGAGAGUCCGGUGCUUGCCACUCCAGAGACUAGAAAAAUGAUAGCUAAGAUUGGGGAACUGAGGGAUAAGUUAACGGGCCUUGAGGAUGAUAUAAGAAAUGUGAUUGAAUUGCACGAUAAGCACCUGAAGAAGUUCCGCAGAAGACAACGCCGAUAUGGGAAGAUUAUGGAUGACUCGGGGCCUAUGAUCGAAAACCAAUUGUUGGAAUAUAAACCCAGUAUAACGGACAGCUCAAUUUUACAUGAAUAAGCUCCUGUGAAUAUGAUUGACAAGGAAAAAAAAGACUGCCACUCUGAAUAUUGAAUAUGCAUUAUAUAGCUUUUGCAUAGCGGGUUUUGAACAUUUAUUGCUAUAGAGCACGCAUUAAUUUAUGUAGUAGCAUUUUUGGGUCAAAUUCUGUAGCUCAGAACUUAUCAAACUUGCCGACUACUUGGUAGUAGAGAGUAUGGGAGCUUUUCUCUCUCUCUCUCUCUCUCUCCCCUUUUUAUAUAAUAAAUAAUCUG